GGCGGGGAGGGGCAUCUCUGUGACGCGAGAGGCUGGGCCUAAAUGGCGAAACCCGAGAGGCUCCCGGGGGGGUUUGAACUGGCCAAUGGGCGAGCUGCCGACCGGGUGUCGGAAAAGGAGGCGGAAGCGGGGAGGAGCCGCCGCGGGAGCCGGACUGCAUCCGCCGCGGCGUCUCCAUGGCACGGCCCUGGCCUCCGACUUCAACGACUUCAUAAGGAGACGUUUCUGGGCGCAGCCGUGUCGCUCCUGGACAGUUGCUGUGCGACUUGGACAGUAGAGGAGCGCCUCCCAAGUUUUCAUCCAACUGCCACCCCUAAAGCUUCCAUCCACCCUCCUCCCCUCAGAGAGGACGUUUGAUGCCGGGCCCCUGAGAUUCUCAUUGACAAGCCCCUCUGGGUCCCCCUGAGCAGAGCCUGCUGACCCAAUUGCCCACCUUUGCGGCUUUGAUGCCUAACCAUGUCUGCCUCAUCCUCAGGCGGCUCCCCCAGGUUUCCAUCUUGUGGGAAGAACGGAGUAACAAGUCUCACGCAGAAAAAGGUCUUGAGGACACCUUGUGGCGCACCCAGUGUGACUGUGACGAAAUCUCAUAAGCGCGGAAUGAAAGGGGACACCGUGAAUGUGCGGCGGAGUGUCCGGGUGAAAACCAAGGUACCUUGGAUGCCCCCUGGAAAAUCAUCCACCCGGCAUGUGGGAUGCAAGUGGGAGAAUCCACCUCAUUGUCUGGAGAUCACGCCACCAUCUUCAGAAAAGCUGGUCUCGGUGAUGCGGUUAAGUGACCUCUCUACAGAAGAUGAUGACUCGGGUCACUGUAAAAUGAACCGUUAUGAUAAGAAGAUUGACAGUCUAAUGAACGCGGUUGGUUGUCUCAAGUCUGAGGUCAAGAUGCAGAAGGGUGAGCGCCAGAUGGCCAAAAGGUUCCUGGAGGAGCGCAAGGAGGAGCUGGAGGAGGUGGCCCACGAGCUGGCCGAGACCGAGCAUGAGAACACGGUGCUGAGGCACAACAUCGAGCGCAUCAAGGAGGAGAAGGACUUCACCAUGCUUCAGAAGAAACACCUCCAGCAGGAGAAGGAGUGCCUCAUGUCCAAGCUGGUAGAAGCUGAAAUGGAUGGGGCUGCUGCUGCCAAGCAAGUCAUGGCCUUGAAGGAUACUAUCGGGAAGCUGAAGACGGAGAAACAAAUGACCUGCACGGACAUCAACACCCUAACGAGGCAGAAGGAACUUCUCCUGCAGAAGCUGAGCACAUUUGAAGAGACCAACCGCACCCUCCGAGACCUGCUGAGGGAACAGCACAGCAAAGAGGAUUCGGAAAAGCUGAUGGAGCAACAAGGAGCACUCCUCAAACGGCUGGCCGAGGCGGACUCAGAGAAAGCGCGCCUGCUGUUACUCCUGCAAGACAAAGACAAGGAGGUAGAAGAGCUACUGCAGGAAAUACAAUGUGAGAAGGCUCAAGCAAAGACAGCGUCCGAGCUUUCUAAAUCCAUGGAGUCCAUGCGUGGGCAUUUGCAGGCACAGCUCCGGUGCAAAGAGGCAGAGAACAGUCGCCUGUGCAUGCAGAUCAAGAACCUGGAACGCAGUGGGAACCAGCACAAGGCAGAAGUGGAGGCCAUCAUGGAGCAGUUGAAGGAAUUAAAGCAAAAGGGAGACCGAGACAAAGAAACCUUAAAGAAGGCCAUCCGAGCCCAGAAGGAACGAGCGGAGAAGAGUGAGGAGUAUGCUGAGCAGCUGCACGUGCAACUUGCUGAUAAGGAUCUUUAUGUUGCUGAAGCUUUAUCCACUCUGGAAUCAUGGAGGAGCCGCUACAAUCAAGUUGUGAAAGACAAGGGAGACCUCGAGCUGGAAAUUAUUGUCCUGAAUGACCGGGUGACAGAUCUCGUAAACCAACAGCAAACGUUGGAGGAGAAGAUGCGGGAAGAUCGGGACAGCCUGGUGGAGAGGUUACACCGGCAGACGGCCGAGUAUUCCGCGUUCAAGCUAGAGAACGAGAGGCUGAAGGCUAGCUUCGCCCCGAUGGAGGACAAGCUCAAUCAGGCGCACAUCGAGGUACAGCAGCUGAAGGCAUCAGUUAAGAACUAUGAAGGGAUGAUUGACAACUAUAAGAGUCAGGUGAUGAAGACCAGACUGGAGGCUGAUGAAGUGGCCGCCCAGCUGGAACGCUGUGACAAAGAGAACAAGAUCCUUAAAGAUGAGAUGAACAAAGAGAUUGAAGCGGCCCGUAGGCAGUUCCAGUCCCAGCUGGCUGACCUGCAGCAGCUGCCCGACAUCCUCAAGAUCACAGAGGCUAAGCUGGCGGAGUGCCAAGACCAGCUGCAGGGCUAUGAGAGGAAGAACAUUGACCUCACAGCCAUCAUAUCAGACCUGCGCAGCCGGAUUGAACAUCAGGGGGACAAGCUGGAGAUGGCAAGAGAGAAACAUCAGGCUUCCCAGAAGGAAAAUAAGCAGCUGAGUCUGAAGGUGGAUGAACUGGAGAGGAAACUGGAGGCAACCAGCGCCCAGAAUAUCGAGUUCCUACAGGUGAUUGCCAAGAGGGAGGAGGCAAUCCACCAGUCCCAGCUGCGGCUAGAGGAGAAAACACGGGAGUGUGGGACCCUGGCCAGGCAGUUGGAGAGCGCCAUCGAAGAUGCUAGGAGGCAGGUGGAACAAACCAAGGAGCAUGCAGUCUCCAAAGAGCGAGCUGCUCAGAGCAAAAUCCUGGACCUUGAGACCCAGCUGAGCAGGACCAAAACUGAACUCAGCCAGCUGCGGCGGAGCCGGGACGAUGCUGACCGUCGCUACCAGAGCCGGCUCCAGGACCUCAAAGAUCGCCUGGAGCAGUCAGAAAGCACCAAUCGCAGCAUGCAGAACUACGUCCAGUUCCUCAAGUCAUCCUAUGCCAAUGUGUUCGGGGACAGUCCCUACACUACCUACCUGACCAGCUCUCCCAUCCGCUCCCGAUCUCCUCCUGCCUGAGGCUGCCGGUCUUGGGCCAGGAGCCCGGAUUGAUGCCACGGGGAACCGCAGAGGGGCCAAGCCAUAGCUGGAAAGCCUGUUGCUUUCCUCUCUCUUCCACUGAUGGAAGUGUGUUCAGGAUCUUGUCUGAGCUACUGGCCCCAGAAAAGUCCCUAAAGCAGCGAGAGGGUGGGGGUGGGGGACAGGAAUGACUUAGUUUUCUCUUUCGCCCCUCUGACAGAGUCAUCUGAUGGAAAUUAAUUACCUUGACACACCAUAAAUCUACUAAUCUUAGGGUACCAGAUUUUAACUCACCAUGACUUUGCUCCUUCCUUCCCAGAGAAAAUGAUCUGAACUUUUUCUUCCAGUUCCCUCACAGCCCUCCUCUUUUGAGGAAUCUCUCCCUUGGGUUUUCUCUUCCCUGAACCAGCAGGA